CAGGCGGAGCGCUUCCUCCCCGUGUGAACGGCCGGGCGCUGUGGUCUCCCAUCCAGCGCUGACCCUGCCAGGCCCUGCUUAGCUUGGGAAGGGCGGCAGAGCUCGCGCAGCGCGGGGGCGGGGCAAGGCGGCUGCACGAAGCAGCUCAACCCCUGGGGGAAGCGGCGCCUUUCCUCCCCGUGCACAUGCGCACUGAGCUACCCCAUCCUGGUCUCUCACGAAGCCGCCGUGGGCUUCCCCAGGCGGCAAGCGCGUGCGCGUACGCAGAGUAAACACACCGACAGCUGCGAGUUAACUGCGCAUGUGCCCUUCUCUCGACGCUUGCGCAUUAACACUGUGCCGCCUCUCCCCUCCCCCUCUGGCCUAGGAGACAUGCGCACUAGCGCGCUAUCGUCUGUGCGCACGCCUAGUGAGCCACCUCUUCAUUUCCCCCCUCCCCCUCUGACCUGAUGGGCAUGCGCAGUGGCAUCCCCUCCCCGGGCCUCAGGCCGUACGCAUGCGCGCUAGCUGGCUGAUUCCCUGGGUUCCCCCUGAGGGUUUUAUGGAAGACCAUGGGUUAUGGAGCAGAGGAAGGAACUUUUUAGAAGGCUUCAGAAAUGGGGACUGAAUACCUACUUGUAUGCUCCAAAAGAUGACUACAAGCACAGGAUGUUCUGGCGAGAAAUGUACUCUGUGGAGGAAGCUGAGCAACUCAUGACCCUAAUCUCGGCUGCCCAAGAAUAUGAAAUAGAAUUCAUCUAUGCCAUCUCGCCUGGACUUGAUAUCACUUUCUCAAAUCCAAAAGAAGUGUCCACAUUGAAACGCAAGCUGGACCAGGUUUCCCAGUUUGGCUGCAGAUCCUUUGCACUGCUGUUUGAUGAUAUUGAUCACAACAUGUGUGCAGCAGACAAAGAAGUGUUUAGCUCCUUUGCUCAUGCCCAGGUCUCCAUUACUAAUGAAAUUUAUCAGUAUUUAGGAGAACCAGACACAUUCCUAUUCUGUCCUACAGAAUAUUGUGGAACUUUCUGCUAUCCAAACGUUGCCCAAUCCCCUUAUUUAAGGACCGUAGGAGAGAAGCUGUUACCUGGGAUUGAGGUAUUGUGGACAGGUCCUAAAGUUGUAUCUAAAGACAUUCCAGUAGAAUCUAUUGAAGAAGUUUCUAAGAUCAUCAGAAGAGCUCCAGUCAUCUGGGAUAACAUUCAUGCUAAUGAUUAUGAUCAGAAGAGGCUGUUUCUUGGCCCUUAUAAAGGUCGGUCGACUGAGCUCAUCCCUCGACUGAAGGGAGUCCUGACCAAUCCAAACUGUGAAUUUGAAGCCAAUUAUGUUGCUAUUCACACACUUGCAACUUGGUACAAAUCCAACAUGAAUGGAGUGAGAAAAGAUGUGGUGAUGACUGACACUGAAGACAGUACAGUAUCAAUCCAGAUUAAAUUGGAAAAUGAAGGAAGUGAUGAAGAUAUUGAAACUGAUGUCCUCUACAGCCCUCAAAUGGCUCUGAAACUGGCCUUAACAGAGUGGCUGCAGGAGUUUGGGGUACCUCACCAAUAUAGCAGCAGGCAGGUGGCCCACAGCGGUGCUAAAACCAGUGUAGUUGAUGUGGUGCCUCUGGUUGCGCCAUCCUCUCUGAAUGCAACAACUGUGGUUACUACUGUUUACCAAGAGCCCAUCAUGAGUCAGGGGGCAGCACUGACCGGUGAGCCACCAGCAGUGGUCAAGGAGGAAGAAAAGAAGCACUCUGAUGAGGAACCAAUGGACAUGGUCGUGGAAAAACUAGAGGACACAGACAAGAAUGUUAAUCAAAUACUGACGGAUAUUGCUGAAGCUAAGAUGUCUGAGGAGCUAAAACCAAUGGAUACUGAUAAAGAGAGCAUAGCUGAAUCUAAAUCGCCGGAGAUGUCUAUGCAGGAAGACUGCAGUAGUGACAUUGCCCCUAUGCAGACUGAUGAGCAAAUGAAUAAGGAACAGUUUGUGCCUGGGCUAAAUGAGAAGCCUCUCUACACAGUAGAACCUGUGACUCUAGAGGAUCUUCAGUUACUUGCUGACUUGUUCUACCUUCCUUAUGAACAUGGGCCCAAAGGUGCACAGAUGCUGAGAGAGUUCCAGUGGCUCAGAGCAAAUAGCAGUGUUGUCAGUGUUAAUUGUAAAGGAAAGGACUCUGAAAAAAUUGAAGAAUGGCGCUCCCGAGCAGCCAAGUUUGAAGAGAUGUGUGGAUUGGUCAUGGGAAUGUUCACUCGCCUCUCCAACUGUGCCAACAGGACGAUCCUUUAUGACAUGUACUCCUACGUCUGGGAUAUCAAGAGUAUCAUGUCAAUGGUGAAGUCUUUUGUGCAGUGGUUAGGGUGUCGUAGUCAAUCUUCAGCACAGUUCUUAAGUGGAGACCAAGAACCCUGGGCCUUUAGAGGUGGUCUAGCAGGAGAGUUCCAGCGUUUGCUGCCUAUUGAUGGGGCAAAUGACCUCUUUUUUCAGCCACCUCCAUUGACUCCAACUUCCAAGGUUUACACUAUCAGACCCUACUUUCCAAAAGAUGAGGCAUCUGUGUAUAAGAUUUGCAGAGAGAUGUAUGAUGAUGGAGCUGAUCAACCUUUCCAUAGUCAGCCAGACUUAAUUGGAGACAAGUUAGUGGGAGGCCUGCUUUCCCUCAGUCUGGAUUACUGCUUUGUCCUUGAAGAUGAGGAUGGCAUAUGUGGCUAUGCUUUGGGCACUGUCGAUGUAACGCCCUUCAUUAAAAAAUGCAAAAUUUCUUGGAUCCCUUUUAUGCAGGAAAAGUACAGUAAGCCAAAUGGUGAUAAAGAACUGUCUGAAGCAGAGAAAAUAAUGUUGAGUUUCCAUGAAGAGCAGGAAGUAUUGCCAGAGACAUUCCUCGCCAACUUCCCGUCGCUAAUAAAGAUAGACAUCCACAAAAAAGUGACUGACCCAAGUGUGGCCAAAAGCAUGAUGGCCUGCCUGCUGUCCUCUCUGAAAGCUAAUGGCUCCCGUGGGGCUUUUUGUGAAGUGAGACCAGAUGAUAAAAGAAUCCUGGAAUUUUACAGCAAGCUGGGUUGUUUUGAAAUAGCUAAAAUGGAGGGAUUUCCAAAGGAUGUUGUUAUCCUUGGAAGGAGCCUGUGAAGUCCUUGACCGUGAACUGUUCUAAUACUGUAGUCCCUUAACAGCUGGGCGGGUGGUGGUGGGGAUCUUCAUAUGGUCUAACUGCACAAACACAGCAGUCAGCCAACUUGUUAGAAGGGGCUAUGUGAAAAUCCACCCAUCACACAUUUCAAACGUUAACUUGCUGGAUGAAGAGAUUGCUGCUGAAAACCCGGUUCCGAAAAAGAGAAACCUUGUUGUUGUCCUUUCCUGGUCUUGCGUGAAGUGCCAAGGAAUCUUGCAUGGGCUGUAUCCUCUGGGAGGAGCCCCUCCCUCCUGCCCAGUGGUGUGGUUUGUAGCAGUUCUUUACAUCCAUUGUAUGCGGUUAGCAGAAUGAUGGUGUUCUUUAUCUGGAGUAACUGUUAAGAUCUGAUUUUCUUUUUCCCUGUGUCAUACAGCAGGAUGUGAGGAGGAAGGAGUGUAAUUGGGGUACUUCAUGUUACAGAGAUGGGAAGGAUUACUUUGUCAGUCAGCAAUUUAAAGGCAGGUAUUGACCGUUCUGGUUUUGGCUAUCUUUAUGUUCCUUUAUAAGGCAGUGACCAGUUGUCACUGCUAAUGACCAUUGGUUCAGGCUUUGUGCUUUGUAGGGACAAAUGUGCAGUUGUCUGUGGCAAAAGUCACUAAUGACAGACUUGUAAAUGUCAGUGUAUAUAAACUAGCUGUAUGCGUAAACUUGUUUGUGUUUACUGGUUUUGUAAUUUUUUUGCUUCUGAAAAGUGAAAUGGUAUUGGUCCAAGAUGGCACUUUUGAAUAACGUAAAACCACAAUGGAGAAUGAAUCUGUCCUCAGCGUUGGCUUUUUCUACUGUGCCUCAUACCCAGGGCUAGAAACUGACCAUGUUGGGUAAGAGGUGCUGAUCCAGAAGGAUCAUUCCUUGAGAGGACAGACAGUUCUGUUGCAAGGCUGCCACUGCCUGGUGCUAUCAUCAUUCUCCUGGGACUGAAACAGCAGUUCAGUGGGAGGCCUGCUGAACCUGUUAAUUUUGGUGGCAGUCUCAAAGAGGAGGUGGAUGGAGGAAGUGAGAGGGAACUGGUCCAUGGUCAGGAUUUGUCUUCAGAUCAGUCUCCUGUUUCAAAGACUGUUCAUAGUGGUUUGACUAAAUCAGGGUCUUCAAAUCCUGCAUGUUUAUAUCAAAGAAUUUUUGUAGAAGAAACACCACAAUAAGCACAUUUUUACAAAUUAUUUAAAUGGUUACCUAAUUAAUGUAACUGCAGAUAUUCUGAGAGUUUAAUGUUUUUACCCAGAUCUGAUGUAUUUGACUAAUGUAAUGGAGUCAGCAUGGUUAGGGGAUCUGGUAGUGAGGUAGUCACACCAUUUGUGGGAGUUAUUGAUUUUUCUGUAGAAGCCCUGUGUUCCAGAGAUGUAAUUGGCCAAUAAUAUACACUUUACAUUACAUUACCCUACUAAUUUCACCUGCUACCAUCAACUGUGUUAAACUUCCUUCUUUUUAAAUGUCUCUUUUGGUUUUGGUGGCGAACAAAAGACAUUCAGGUCCUUAUUUAAGCUCCCAUCUGUGUAGCUUUGAAGAAGUUUUACAAGCUAUAACAAAUGGCAUUAGACUGCAGUAAUAUCUGCACCCUGAAAGGAGAAGCUAACGUUUGGCCUUCCAGUGCAGUCACAUAGGAUAUUUUCUUUUUCAGAAUGUGAAUAAUUUUUUAAUUCAGUAGUGAAGUAUUUAAUUUUAAACAAGUUCAUUUCAUUUAGAGACAGAGGUAUGGGGUCAUGCUAUGGGAUCUCCUGUAAAUUAGAGCUGAAUGUCACUAGUUUUAAUACAGCUUUGAGUAAGUAGCUGAUUCCUUGGCUUACCAGGUGGAAGAAGUGUGGUGGUUGUUUUUUUUUCUUAAAUGAGUACCAGAGUCAACUUUCUACUUGAUCUGGAUUCAUAGCAUUACAGGAUAGGAUGCUUGUGGCCUUAUAUCUUGGCUUUUAAGGAGUUGCCACAAUCUCUUCCUAUGAAUUUUUUAUUGUUACAGAAGUUAGUUGUACAAACGGUUGGAAUGUCCAGGCCAAUACCAUCAUUCUAGGAUUGUAAAGUGAUGAGUUGACAUGUCUUUCAUGGUUAUGAAUUUUCAUUAAGGUUGGAAUGUCACUUUCAUUAAUCUGUUUUUUAGAUCAACAGUAUCUGUAGCAGAAAAAUGAGCUGUAAAACUGUAUUUGAAGACCAUGCGAGAAAUAGAAUAAAAAUAGAGAAGUGAAUGUAAAUAAGCAAUGUGUUCACUUUGUAAAGCUGUUGGGGUGGAUGCAAGGGGAAUACACCUCUUCCAUCUUGCUAGGUGUUUUGGGCACCCUAAUGGUAAACUGUCAUCUGCUGUCCUUUUUGGGGUGGGUGGUGGACGCUGACUGUUACGAUAAGCAGUUAACCAGACUAACAUUCUUCAUGGGAGGGUGAUAUUGGAUGCUAUUGACCCUUCAGAGCACUUUGAAAUCAACAAGUGAGAUCCUUUUAAUCCAAAUGUAAAUAGCACUAAUUAUGCAUUUCUACAUCUAUAGGCUCUGGGAGAAUCAUACAUAGGCUCACACAAGUAGUUCAGUAAAAAGAUGUCAUCUUGAGUGUCUGGGAAAAACCAAUUAGCAUCCAUUACAACAAUGUUUAAUCAAUGGCCAAUCCCUUUUUAUAAGCUAUUUACCAGCACCCAGACAGCUAAGUAUUCUACCUAUUUUACCAAUAAGGAAUCAAGUUGCAAAGUGACUUGCCCAAGGUCAGACAGCAAGCCAGUGGCACAAACUAGUUUUUCUAAUCCAGGAAUCAUCUGCUUGCAAUGCUGAGCCCAGACGUCAAUGCCUUGAGGAUGCACGCGCCUGCAGAGAACUUUGGAAGUAUUGUUGCCUUGCACUGACUAGGAAGUGCAGUAGUCACUAUCCCUAGACAACUUUAGUACACAGUCGUGGAAACCAAGGACAAAUAAGCAUGUCCCUUCUGGCAUACUUGCCUUGAAUAUUAAGUUAAACACUUCUCAUUCAAAUGCUCUUCCUGUUGAGCAGUAGCAAAGUGAGAGGAAGUGUCAGUUAUUCCCAUCUGUUUAGUUAUGAAGGGAGAUCCCAUAUGUUUGAUUGGAGGUAUAGAACAUUUCAUUCUCCUCUGCUCAAUGACCCAGGGCACUUGAAUGGCUUGGGAGCUCCCCUGAACAUUUUUUCCCUUAGACUUGCUUCCCUUAAGAUUUGCCUUCUUGAAGUCCAUUGUCUUCAUUCUGCUGUUUUCUUUCCUACCAUUCCUUAGGAUUGUGAACUCUGCCAUUUCAUGAUCACUUUCUCCCAAGCUACCUUCUAUCUUCACAUUCUCAACCAGUUCCUCCCUAUUUGCCAGAAUCAGAUGUAGAACAGCCCCUCCUCCAGGCACUCUCUCCACCUUCUGUAAUAAAAAGUUACCUCCAAUGCAUUCCAAGAACUUGGAUAAUCUGUGCCUUGCUGUAUUAUUUUCCCAACAAAUGCCUGGGCAAUUGAAGCCCCCCCGCGCCAUCAAAUCCUGAGCUACGGAUGAUCGUUUUUUUUAAAAAAAAAGGCUCAUACACUACUUCCUGGUUAGGUGGUCUCUUGUAGACCUACGGUGACAUCACCCUUGUUUUUUACCCUUUUAUCCUUACACAGAGACUUUGAACAGCUCUGUCUCCACUUCUAUCUUGACCUCAAUGCCAGUGCAUUCAAUUUUUAUUACAAGGCAACACCACCUCCCUUUUUUCCCUGCAUAUUGUUCCUGAACAAGCUGCACUCAUCUGUACCAAUAUUCCAGUCAGGUAAAUUUGUCCUAAGUCUCUGAAUCACAACUAUGACCUAAUGCUAGUGAAUAAUCUCAAUUUCUAGAUCUUCCUGUUUAUUCCCUAUACUUCUUGCAUUCGUGUACAGUCAUCAAAGCUGUUCAUUAGAUUUCCCCUCUAUAUUCCCUCUCCUUUCUCCCUCUAUGCUUGCCAAUCCAUCACCUCAGUCUCUAUGUUGUGGACUUUUACCUGUGGCUUUUGUCUCCUGCCCAUGUUGAAACUAGUUUAAAGCCUGCCUCACUAGAUUAUCCAGUUUGUAUCCAAAAAUACUCUUCCUCUUCCUUGAUAGGAGUACCCCAUCUCUGCUCAGCCAUCCUUCUUGGAACAGCAUGCUUGAAAAAGCCCAUGGAACUAAUAUUACAACGAGGCUAUGAGGAAGGGGCAAAUUGGACAGACUAUGACCUUAAAUGUAUAAGGGCUUGAGAAUCUAUUGAGCUGUCCUGCAGUGGCUCAAGUGUGGGUACCAGCCUCAGGGCCGACUGUUAGGAAACA